UAAAUAUUUAAAGGAUCGUACGCCCCACGUGAAUGAGAUGAAAAUCUGAGGAAAAGAUUUCCUCGUUGUUAAGUCGCGAAUCUGAUAAGAGUAGAGAGAAUCAAAUUACUGUAGUGGUUAGUGUAGUAGUAGUAGUUCGCAGAAUUAAAGCGCCUCGAUUACUGUCGAUCGCUGUUCCUGUCAGCGGCAUUGUUGGAACUUACUGGAACGGUUAUUAAUAUUAUUAACGUUGUUCAGAUUCAAGGCUUUUGUUUGUGACUCUCGUUUGUCCUCUUCACGUGAGUAGCUCAACGAUUUUGAAAAUUUUGAGUAAUUAUGGAGAAAAAUGACGUCCUUUGCGAAUUGCGACUUUUGUAAUUUUUUCAUAGUAUAAUUGUAUGUACGCCAUAUACAAUGAUGCGUUUACGAGGUGAACACUGUGAAGUCUUCAUCUCCAUUAGAUCUGCUAGAUAAUCAUACCAAACCAUCAUUCGCGGCAUAUUUGUGUCACGUCCGUGUCGCAGCACGGUUAGCAGAUUCUGUUGUGACAGUGAGAUGCUCGAACUUGCCAUUGCGUUGCCAUCCCGGCCGAUCAUCAUUCGGCUGUGAUUGUUCGCGAGCUUCUGCUUCUGUCAUUCAAAUACAAUGUCCUCGAAGAACAGAUCAUCAUCUUCUAAGAUUCAUCCUCUAGUCUGUUCCUUUUGCAAUUUGACCGAGGACAAUGAGCUGGAAUAUGGAAAGAUCUAUGAGCACAAUGGGAUUGUCACCCACUAUUAUUGUUUGCUCUUGUCCUCGAACAUGGAACAGAAAGGAAAUGAUGAUGAAGGCAUACUUGGAUUUCUUGCUGAGGAUAUACAAAAGGAACUUCGCAGAGGAAAAAGAUUGGUAUGCUCGUACUGUAAAAAGCAAGGUGCUACUUUAGGUUGUUGUAACGUAAGAUGCAAACGGAUCUUUCAUUUUCCUUGUGGCAUGAAAGCUGGUUCUCUGCAUCAGUUUUUCGGUGAAUUUAGAUCGUAUUGCAUAAACCACAGGCCAAAACAAAAGAUCGAUGAACAGGUUCUUAAGCAGGCUGCCGCAGUAGAUGUAAUGUGUUAUAUUUGUUAUGAUAAAGUUAAUACUAAUGACUUUGUGAAAACAUUAUGGGCUCCCUGCUGUAAAAAAGAUGCAUGGUUUCAUCGUAUUUGUGUUCAGCAACUUGCAUUGAGUGCAGGAUAUUUUUUCAAGUGUCCCUUAUGUAACAAUAAAAAAGAUUUUCAAAAAUCUAUGUUAGAAUAUGGCAUUUUCGUGCCAAGUCAAGAUGCUUCGUGGGAAUUGGAACCAAAUGCAUUUGAAGAGCUUUUGUAUAGGCAUGAUCAGUGUGAUGCACCGAAAUGUGUUUGUCCAAAGGGAAGGAAGUAUACAAGUACUAAUGCUAAAUGGGAAUUGGUCCUAUGUCGUACUUGCGGUUCACAAGGUAUCCAUAUGUCUUGCGGGCAGUUGAAGUGGGCUAAUCCAGUAUGGGAAUGCGAAGAAUGUACAUCCAUAUUAAGUAAUGAUCGUGUAAAACUAGGCAACAGUUCUGCAAUAGGCAGUACUAGUCAAAAUAGGGAUUCUGAUUCAGAUUUAAAUUCAGACUCAGAUUCAGAUUCGGAUAGUCAGUCGAAUACAGAUAUCUCUGUGGGAACUGACUUCCCUAUGCCGUGCGCCUUGACCGAUUCAUCUUCCACCUCUUCCUUGGAGUCUAUUCUGGAUAAUAUUAAUUUGCGACCUGGACCACGUUCUUUUAAGUUACAACAGCAAAUGAUUAAACUAGGCCAAUGGUUGGACUUAACAAGUACUGUGCUUGAAAAGAAUAUAGCUGCUAUUGAAACUAGUACGAAAGAUGAAUUAUUAUCAAAAAAUGAAUCCUUAUCAAAAAAUGAUGAUGAGAAAAAGGAACCAUCGAUAAGUAAAGAAAAUAAAGAAAGUAAAGAAAAUAUUCUUCAGCGAGAAAGUAAGGAAGAUAGCUUCCAGAAAGAAAAACAGUUGCAUCUUCAGCGAAUAAAUAAGGAAGAUAGUCCACAAAAAGAAAAACAAUUGCCCAGCAAAAAUGAUGAAAAAUCUCAGCCGAUUCAGAAGAAGACGGAUGUUAUCAUAAUUGAAAGCGAUGACGAUGAUGUGGAGCUUAUUACAUUAACACAAAAAACGAAUCUUUCAUCUGUACACAUGAAGCAGCCUAUACAAUUUAGCAGUUUGUGUCUUCCUAGUACUUCAACAUUGAAGAAGUUAAAUGCAACAGUGGUAUCUAAUAAUGUAGCGACAAUUGAUUUAUUAGAAAAGGAUUAUAUCGAUUUAACAAAAUCUAUUGCAUCAGAAAGAAAAGCUUCAAAGAAAAACGCAUCUACCAUCUCCAAGGACCAAAUCGAUGUAGGUACGUCACAAGAAUCUACAUUAGAUCUAAUUACUUUAAACGAUGUGAAAACGAACACGAAAGAAACAAGCGAAAUGUCAUUUAUGAAUAUCAAAAUUACUAAUGUUGUUUCUCUGCCACCUGAAGUGUUUGAAAGUGUACCUGAUGUUAUAUGUAACGAUAUCACAUUACAUGCGAAUACCACUAAUACCUCGCCUCUUUCUAUAAAUGAAACAUUGGAGCAAUUCGUUACCUCUGUCUCGUCGAAGCGUAGCAUGCACGAAGCGAGUAACAUCAACAACUGCAAGAAGAUCAAAAGAAAUAAUUUCGACGAAAGGUUGCACGAAACAUGUUCUCGAGUCGGAGCUAUAGAAUCUGAUAGAAAUAAGACAAAUAAUACUCAAAAUGAUGCAAAAAAUAGUACAAAUAAUAUAGAUAGGCAGCAAAGUGAAAGAACAUCUGCAAACAAGUUCAUUCCGCUGUUAAGUAAUAAUCCAGCAAAUAAUUCAUCUUCACAACACAAUUAUAUACAAAUUAAGGCGAAUGAUAUGCAACAUAUGAAUCAAAUUUUAUCAAAUUUGGAAGGAAACACUGUACAUGUUAAUUUAAACCAGAGGAACGAAAACCAUGUCACACAAGCAAAAAAUACGACAGAAUUUAUAACUUUUACCAAGACUAAUCCAGUUUUGUUGCCAAUUGGUAGUUAUUAUCUUCAACAAAUACCUAAUUCGAAUUUUACAAUUGAACAAAAUGACGGAAGAAAUGAAACAAACUUGUAUGAUAUAUCAUCGAAUAACGUAAUUCUACCGCGUGUGACAGAUAAUACCACUGUGCUUAGUAACUCAACAGUACUUAGCAAUCCUCUGCUUGUAAAUCAACCAAUAAUGACCAAUGUAACUGCGCCUAUUCUGAGUGAUAAACGAAUAGUAACAGUAAAUCAACAAGAAGCUGCAUCAAGUAAAGAUGUACUUACUAGUACACCUAGUAUUGAGAACAUUUCCACGAACAAGGCGACACACAAGAAGAACUGUGACGGGGAUGCAGGCACCAGACCUGUUGAGACUGAAUCUACCAACUAUAAGAAAGCUGACCCAUCAAAUUAUUCCCACAGUGUCUUCGACAAACAAACCAUUGCCCGUCAAAGAUCUAUCGCAACCUGCAGUGUCUUCCCACAAAUCACUAACAAUCAUACCACAUGUCAUCGACCUGGACUGAUACCGCGUUACGUGAAUCUACAGGACCUGAAAUUUCGAGUCUGCGCAUCGAACAAUAUUGAAAUGAUUUUAUACGAUACGUUCUCCGUAAAUAUUUCGAUGAAGGACCUCAAGGAAAGUAAAAGAUUGGCAGGUGUAGCUGCAUCGCGGGAGGCAAAAGAAAUGUCUACCAUUGCAUCUUGUGAAGCUUACAGUUCAGAGUAUAUCGAUAAUAUUACAACUGAGAGACGUACCGACAAGCUUUUUCGCUCUUUGAAAAAUGAAAAUUUUUUAAUUAAUGACAAAAUGUACAUAGCACACAGUCAGGAUGAUGUUAAAGAGAAUUUAAAUCCGAUCAGAUCUAGAGUACCAUCGCAUAACGAUACAUUAGACAAUAUGAACUCGACAAAUAAUGUUGACAGCGCAAUGAAUAACUGUUUUAAGGAUGAGAAUGACAGUGAAACGUGUCUCGUUUCAAGUGAUACUAAUGUAAGUGUAUUAAAUCGAACAAUUUGCAAUACGAAUGUAGAUACUAUUGUACCGCUUAUUUCGAACCAAGGUUCACAAGUUAGUUUAGAAACUGUACAGCAACAUAAACAAGCGUCUAUACAUAGUGUAAUUUCUAUGCAUACAGAAGAAAGGUCCAGGGCUCAACUAUUUUUUAAGGAGACUAAUAGAAUAGUAUAUAGUGUUGAUUUUGAUUUAAAUAAUAUGAAUAAAAACAUUGAGAAAAUAUCGCAAAAUGAUAUCACUAUUCUGAGUCAACAUACUGAUGAUGAUAAAAUUGGUAAUGAUCAUACAGACGAUUCUCUAACAUCACAGAACGGUUUAAAAAAUUUAAAUAGUAUGAACAGUCCAAAGAUUAAUAAUGUCACGCGUGUCUCGAAUAUUACAAGGUUUAAUGAACAUAGUAUCCUAAGUAAGCAGAUCGAUGCGUGCAAUUCUAAAAAUUUCAUUCAAUGCAUAGCGUUUCAAGAAAAUACUGUACGUCGUAAUGGUGAGACUAGGAUAAAAAAUAAUGAAUUUUGUCUCAAAGUGAGUAUAGAUUUGUGUAAGAUACAAAAUCUAAUUGACUCUAAACCAGAAUUAUUUAAAGAUCCAAAGCACAUGAUCAAUGGCAUACGCACACAAAUCGAUUAUCUGACUUAGAUAACUAUGUUUGACAAUAUAGGAUACUGUAAUAUUGAGAAUAGAAAUAGGGUGAUUUCUAGCAAGAGACACGUAUGAUACAGUAUAACACAGUGAACAUCAUAUUACAUCCUUGUUAUUUGUCAAUGUUAAACAAAGAUGACAUGAUCACUACAUCAUACUGUGUCGUCUGUUGACAAGCACCAAUAAUAAUUACCCGCCUAAAAAUAGGGAAUUAUAGUACUCAAAUUACAUCAAGCGAAUGCAAUAAAAUAUUAUCUCCGAUGCAAAUACGUAUCCUAAAAUAUCAAGUUUUAAAUCAGGGAUUUAAAACAUUUCAGUAAAAAUACCUCAGACAGAGAGUUAACGAUG